CCCUUGGGAAGCUGUCUCCUCCCUGUGCUCUCUGCCUGGAGUUCCCAGGGGCCUCUCCUGGGAGGAUGGUGCAUACAUGGGUGGCUGCUUCUGCAUCCCUGGGGAGCCGAGUCUGUCCUUGGGCUCAGGUAAAGAAACCCCUUCCAAGGAUUCAACCAUAAAGAAUGAGGUUUUGUCCUCAUCAGAGAAGGAAAAAUGUUUCCUGCCACAGAACAUGACUCCAGACCUGACAGUCUCCUUCAGUGUGAAGAGCCGCUCCAGGAGGUGUGUGAAUGGACCUUUGCAGGAAGCGGCCAGGAAGCGACUCUGGGCGCUGGAGAAUGAGGACCAGGAGGUGCGUGCACUGUUUAAGGACCUCUCAGCAAGAUUGGUGAGCAUCCAGUCCCAAAACGCUCAGUUCCUCAUCACCUUCAAGACUGUGGAGGAAAUCUGGAAGUUCUCUACCUAUCUGAACUUAGGCUUUGUGUCCACUUGUUUGGAGCAUCUCCUCUUUGACCCUAAGUACUGGUUGAACUUCAGAUUGGUGGAGGAUACAGAGGUCCAAGUGUUGGUAGAUGAUAAACACCUGGAAAGUAUGUACCUGGGACUCCUGACACAGGAAGGCCACUUCUUCUGCAGAGCCUUGUAUUCUGUGACUCAGCCAGCCGAGAAGGAAGGAGAGUACUUGACACUUGGCAAGAAUGAAUUAAUCUCGGUGAAGAUACCUGAAGGCGGGUCUGAGUGGGAAGGAGUGUCCUUGGUGUCAGGCCAGCGGGGCGUGGUGCCCAUGUCGGCUCUGGAACCCUUGCUGCUCCCUUUCCACCAGUGGUUCCUAAAGAAUUAUCCUGGAAGCUGUGGUCUUUGCAGGAAGAGUGAUUGGACAGGCUCCUACCAGAUCGGCAGAGGAAAAUGCAAGGCCUGGAAGGAAUAUGAGAGAGAAGAAAAUGAUGAACUCAACCUGUGCACUGGAGAAAGCAUUGAGAUCCUCGGCUGUGUCAUCCCCGGGCUUCAGUGGUUCCUUGGAAGGUCAAUGCGCUCAGGUCAAGUGGGCUUCGUUCCCACCAGGAGCAUAGACCCUGAUUCCUAUUCCUCGGUGAGCAAGAACUUCGCCUAUUUCAGUGAUGAAGAAAGAUGUUCUCUGUGGGUCCUGAGCAGUGACAGGAGAGCCGAGUGUGCCAGCUUCCUCCACACGCUGGCUCAGACGGACAUAACAUCUGUCUACCGGCUUAGUGGGUUUGAAUCCAUCCAGAAUCUUCCAAACGAUCUGAGCGCAACCCUACCCGAGGGCAUCAGGGAGGCCAAACCUGGCGGGGUUUGGCAGGAACACCCGACUGUGGGCUCAAGACGGUCCAGCAGCUCCGAGGACUCUUGCCUGGAGGGGGAUCUCCUCUCAGCUGCCUCAGACAACUAUCACCUGCCAGAGCCCGAUGACCUCGAUGCCCCAGAACUGCUUGUGGACCUCAACACUGGUCAGGAGGACGAAGAGGUGGAGGACUUCGCCCCACUCUUGUCUUUUCUGGACCACCAGGGUUAUGCUGACCACUACAAGAGCCUGUACGAUUUUUCCUUCUCUUUCCUCACAUCUUCCUUUUACAGCUUCUCUGAGGAGGAAGAGCUGGUGGCCUACCUGGAGGCCUCCAGGAAGUGGGCCAAGCGGAGCCACAUGACCUGGGCUCAUGCGAGGCUCUGCUUUCUCCUCGGCCGCCUGAGCAUCAGGAAGAUCAAACUCUCUCAGGCCAGGGUGUACUUCGAAGAGGCGAUGCACAUACUCGAUGGGGCUUUCGAGGACCUCCCCUUGGCAGCAGCUCUAUAUAUCAACGUGGCCGCCAUCUACUUGAGGCAGAGGCUACGGCUGAAAGGCUCGGCCUUGCUGGAGAAGGCAGGUGUGCUGUUGGCCUGUCUGCCGGACCGAGAGUUUAGUGCCAAGAGCGAGCUGGACGUGGUGGCCUACGUGCUACGCCAGAGUAUUGUGGUGGGCAGCGGCCCGCUGGAAGCCAGGGCCUGCUUUCUGGCCAUCCGACUCCUCCUGACCCUUGGGCGGCAUGAGGAGGUGCUGCCCUUUGCUGAGCGCCUGCAACUCCUGUCUGGACACCCCCUGGCCUCAGACGCAGUGGCUACCAUCUUGAGCUUUCUAUAUGACAAGAAGUAUCUUCCCCACCUAGCAGUGGCUUCUGUCCGGCAACGUGGUACCACCAGUGCCCAAGGGGUUUGUCUUCCCCUAUGGCAGGUCCACCUGGUCCUCCAGAACACUGCAAAGCUCCCUGGUCACCCCUCCGUAACUUGGGGUGAACUUUCUGCCCUGGCCUGCCCAGCACUCAGGCAGGCCCUGGCUGCAUGUGAGGAGCAGGCCGAUCGGGUUACCCAGAGGGCCUUGUGUCUCAUUCUGUCCAAAGUGCACCUUCAGCACAGGUCCCCUGAAGGUGCCAUCCACUACCUGAGCCAGGCCCUGGUGCUGGGGCAGAUGCUGAGUGAGCAGGAAGCUUUUGAAUCUUCUCUCUGCCUGGCCUGGGCCUAUCUCAUAGCCAACCAGGCUAAGAAGGCUGUGGACCUCCUGGAUUCCCUCUUGUACUCCCUGAAGGAGACCAAGAGCAUUACCCAAAAAGGGGUGAUCCAUAACCUCCUGGGACUCUCACAUUCCAGGGAAGGCCGGCUGAACAGAGCCACCAAGAACUACAUGCGCGCCCUGAGCAGAGCCCAGGAGAUGGGGGACGUGCGCAACCAGGCCGUGACACUGGCCAACCUUGGACACCUGACGAUGAAGUCCCAGACUCAGCAACCAUGCUGUGCCUAUCUCAUGCAGGCCAUCCGCCUUUACUCAGAACUGCAGGCCAGCAGGGAGACAGACCUGGAACUGGUGCAGGUGCUGCUCUGGUUGGCCCAGGGGCUUUUGUUUGGACACCAGCUGGCCUACAGCCAACUUUGCUAUGAACUAGCACUGCUGUUUGGGUUAAGGCAUCGGCAUCUAAAGAGUCAGCUUCAGGUCACCCAAUUCCUCUGCCAUUUCUACAGCUCAGUGUUCCCCAAGCCUGAGGCCUGUAUCACCUACCAUGAACACUGGCUAUCUCUGGCUCAGCAACUCAGGGACCGGGAGAUGGAGGGGAGGCUGCUAGAAUCCCUUGGGCAGCUCUACCGGAACCUUAACACGGUCAGGUCCCUCAGGAGGUCCCUGACGUGCAUCAAGGAGAGCCUGCGCAUCUUCAUAGACCUGGGGGAGCGUGACAAGGUGGCUGAAGCCUGGCUUGGGGCUGGGCGGCUCCACUAUCUCAUGCAGGAAGAUGAGCUGGUGGAGCUCUACUUGCAGGCCGCCAUCCAGAAGGCGCUUCAGUCCGAGGAGAUGUCCCUGGCUCUCAAGCUCUAUGAGGAGGCAGGUGACGUGUUCUUCAAUGGGCCACGCCUGCGACACCGUGCAGUGGAAUAUUACCGAGCUGGCGCUAUUCCCUUAGCAAGGAGAAUGAAGGCCGUGAGAACAGAGCUGCGGAUUUUCAACAAGUUGACCGAGCUGCAGAUCAGCCUGGAAGGCUACGACAAGGCACUAGAAUUUGCCACGAUGGCGGCAAGGCUCAGCACAGUGGUGGGUGAUCAGAAGCAGGAGCUGGUGGCUUUUCACCGUCUUGCUACAGUCUACUACUCACUGCGCAUGUACGAGAUGGCCGAGGACUGCUACCUGAAGACCCUGUCCCUCUGUCCGCCUUGCCUGCAGAGUCCCAAGGAGGCCCUGUACUAUGUCAAGGUGUACUCUCGCCUGGGCCGACUCACCUUCUACCAGCUGAAUGAUGCCCAUGAUGCCAUUGAGUACCUCUGCCUGGCCCUGGCAGCUGCAGUCCUGCUGGGGGAUGAAGAGCUGCAGAAUACCAUUAGGAGCAUGCUGGAUGACAUCUGCCACAGCCCCCUGUGGCAGAGCAGUGCCAUGGGGCGCUCUUCUGAGAGGGCGCGCUGGCUGAGCAGUGGGGCCCUGGCCCUCUGAGGAGAGGGGCCUGCCAUGGACCAGUGGCCAUAGCCCGACACUUCUCCGUGCUAGAGGUUCCUGUGUGCUGAGUCAGAUGACCGCAUCAUCUCCUGGCUUCUAACCAUGGCUAGAGCUUGUCGGGUCAUAAAGUGGCAGGUGACAGAUCAGGUCAAGAAUAUUGACUUGUGUCUGGACCCUUUCCGGUAGGUGAUAAUCCUCCUGUGCACAGGGUCCCUGGAGUGGACAUUCUUGGCACAUAAUCAUCUUAGAGAGGAGGAGGGUCAAUGGGAACUCAGCAUUCCCAUUGAAUGCUGGGGAGCACUCAAUGAUGGAG